AUGAAUCUGAGUUAUUCGCUAUGGCAAAUUUAUCUGCAGGUGAGGAAUUUAUAUCAAAUUGUUACAACUGUGACCCUUCGGAUAAAAGGCUAAUAAAAGAAUAUCUGGCGAACGGCCAGACGUUUUUUUCUCGUUGUAAUUGUAAAAUAUAGAAAAGUGUCGGCGUUUUAUAUUCGCUGUAAAUAAUAAUAAGCAGAUCGUGCUCAAAUAUUCGUCUUCCUCUUUACUUUUUGAUGUCUCCCUCUCUCUUUGUUAAGCAAACUUUGCGAGAAGGUCAAGUUAGUGUUGUUUUUUUUUUCGCUUGGUGCCAAAAUUCCUGGGGAAAACUUUGAGCAAAAAUAUUAAUUGUUAACACUAAAUUUGCUCAGACUCCCACGAAAAUCCUCAUAUUUUUAUCCUAAUCCUUUUUCAAAUAAAAAUAUUUGAAAAAUAAUAUUUUUAAUAAUAAUAUUGAAAAGAUGAUGGCUAUAAUUAAAUCUGCAUUGCUUUCUUUUUUUGCAUGUAUUAAUUUUCCUUUCAUUUUUUCCUCGUCUUUUCGUCGGUUCUCCCCCAAUGCGCUAAAAUUUUAUUUAUUUAUUUUUUUGUCUUACUCCAAGAUUUUCAGUCUUUUUCUCUCGUCUUAAAAUAUGAAAAUGAAAAAGAAGAAGGAUUAUCCUCAUCCUCAUACGUAAUUUUCCCGAUAAUAAUCAUUUUUUUUUCUGAUAAACGAUUUUAUUUUAUUUAGCCUAAGUCAAGGGGGUCGCUGUUUGUUUUGGAGAUUACUCCGUUUUUUGUCGGGGGAGAUGUAGGUCACUUUUUUUUGGGUUGGGUUUUGAGCAGGUUUCAUGUGAAAAGCGCGCUAAAAAUAGGUUUAGUGGUCGAAAUUAACGUAAAAACAUGAGAUACAGCAGACUUGACGCGAAAAUGCAGAAAAUUUCGAAUUUUUCAUCCUGGAAGCAUAGAUUCUACGAAAAAUUGCACGAAAAAUGUACUUCAAUGUAAAAAAUCUCGCAGAACACCACAUUUGACGCGAAAAUGCAGAAUAUUCAGAGUUUUUCAUGCUGAAACACCGGAUUUUACGCAAAAUUGCAGAAAAUUCAAAAUUUCGGUACAUUUUCUUGUAAAAUUGUUGCUAUACACCACAUUCGACGCGCAAAUUCAGAAAUUUUCGAACUUUCCCCCUCUGAAACACCGGAUUCUACGCAAAAUUGCAGAAAACUCCAAUAUUUCCCACUUCGUACUAACUUUGUUCGUUCUCAAAUCCAUUUCGCCCUCGAAAAACCACAUCUGUUUCUUUUGAUUUGAAAAAUUGCCAUUAUCCCAGCCAGACAUAGAUAACUACUUGUUCGUUCUCAUUUUUUUUGUUGAAUAAAAACAGAUUUUGGGUGGGUUUUUACUAGAUUUAAUAUAAUAUGAGUCAUCUAUUCGAUUUUCACACAAAAAAAAUUGUUUUUUUCUCGGCGAAACACAAAAAAAGACCAAAAGGUGUUGGCCGACAGGCGAACUUUUGCAAGUAUACUUACUUUGUAAUCGGAUACUCUUAUUAUUUUUUGGGGUGGUUUUUAGCCAUCUGGGCGGUCUUAAGCUUCUCUUUUUGAUCAUAAGAAUCUGGAUUUUUUGUUCGAAAAAUUCUCAUGUUGAAAAUAACGAUUUAUCGUAAGUCAUCGCAACAUUGCAUAUUGUUUUUCUUCAUUUUUCCUCGUCUUCUUACCAUUUCAUUAUUCCUCCUCCUCUUCCAAUCUUCAAUUUGUGUUGUCUCCGAAGAUGAAACUAGUUUUAUUUCUAUCGAAAUGUGACUGACUGGCUACCACCUAGCCAUUCAAUCAUUUUCCUCCUCAAGUACCUUCUAUGUUUUUUCUGCCUUUAUUCAACACAGUCUUUCAUACUGAAAAACACAACACAAACCCCCUUUUUGUGUUAUUUAUUCGCCCGGUUAAAUUCACCGGAAAAUUUUUGCUGGGGCGAAUUAAUGGAUUCCUCCUCUUUUACGUGUUUGUGUGCUCCGGUGGACAUUGUCAAAAGAAAUAUUCAGAGAGUUGAAAGUUGUUUGAGGUUAGGUUUUCUACAUAGUUAGGAAGUUUCAGUCGAAGUUGUUUCUGUAGAACUUUCAGCACUCUCGUCGUCUAGAAACUCUAGUUGUCUGUGAAUUCUAGCUUCACCACUCUGCGUCUCUACCAGAUUUUGUUAUAUCUUGUCUUCUAGAAACUGUAUCUCUAGCGUGCUCUAGUCAUCUGUCUCUAUCCUAUUCAGUGUCCUUACACUUUUCCGGGUGGGAUCACUAUUCACCUCUCUUGUUGUAUAGCUUCUCUGAGUCUCUCGCACAUUCAGUACUCUCUCGUUUUCUGUCUGCGUCUCUAGCUUGACCUAAUCUUCUCGUCUGUAAUCUCUGCGUCUCUACCCUGCUCGCUCUCUCUCUCUCUUCGUCAAGUCUAGCCCAUCUUGAUUCAGGUUUCUCUACAAUCUUGUCGUCCAGACUCCCUACGUCUCUAGCUUACUCUAGUCAUCUGACUCUGUCCAGAUUUCUCUACACUCUGUCGUAUUCUGAACUCUCUUGGGUAUUCAUGCUCUCAAUCGUCGUCUAAUUUCUCUGAGUCUCUCGCACAUUCGGUGUUCUCUCGUCGUCUAGGUUCUCUGCGUCUCUAGCUUGCUCUAGUCGUCUUACCCUAGUUUCAACCAAUCCUACAAAUCUACACCUAACUUCACAGCUUCAGUUUACUUUCUCACCUCCAUAACUCUCCGUCUCUAACCCUCUCCCCUCGUUUCUCUGCGCCUCUUUCGACCUUCACCUCCCUCUCUCCUCGUUUUUCUAUUCAACAAUAACGGCUAUUUUGCAUGGUCUAUCGACAGGUAGUCCGAUUAAAAAGGGAUUAUCUUAUAGGGCUACCGUAUUAUAUUUUUCACUCCCUCCGAAUUUGUUCUAUUUUACUUUAUUUUCGUCGCAUCGCAUCGCAUCGCUUCUUUUCUCAUAUAAAAUUGAGCUACAGUAUUUUAAGUGCUCUUUAAAAUGUAAUAUCUGUCUCAAAUUGAAAGCGACACGCACUUGAGUAGCAGUCAAAUCUUUUGGUAUAAAUAUUUCAUUUUAAGUAUGCUUCUCGCCUUCUUCUUCUUCUCGCUUUUCCCGCCGCAACCAAAUUUUUGUUGUGCUGCUAAAAAAGAAGAGGAUGAGAUUUGUUGGUGUCGUCGUCUCUUCUCAACACUUCCGGACUUUUCGCUUCUUUUCGCCCAGAAUCAUCACAUUCCUUCACAUUUGUUUUUAUUUUUUUUAGUGGCAAAACAACUGUGUCACUUAUGUUGGUUGGGUGACGCAAUAAGCGGAUUUUGCGUGCUACUUAGCCGCAGAUUUCUGUAAUCUGUUUUUCAUUUUCAUUUUCAGUUUUUGAGAUUGAGGCAUCUAGGAAUUUUUCUUUUUGGGAGAAAAAUCUUUUGAAUAUAACUUGAAAGAUGUUCGUUAUCAGUAGAGCACAUUUUGAUCUUCUGAAUCCGGAGAGAUUCAUGGUAGUUGUAGUUGAGUUCCUAAAGUUAGCCCAACUCCGGAUUUUUCCUUCCUUGAAGUUUGCACGAAUUUUGUUUGUUAUCGGUAGAGCGCAUUUUGAUCAUCUGAAUCUAGAGGUUUUUGAAGCUAAAUACAGUACUCCUUGUUGACAGCAAACUCGCUCUAUUGAUAACUGCAGGAAAAUGGUUCAUUAUCAAUAGAGCGAGUUUGGUGUCAAUAAGGUGUACUGUAGUCAAAUUUCAGAAUCUAUAAAGAUUUUUCUGAGGUUCAAAAUGCGCUCUACUGAUAAUUUUUACAAUUUGGAUAUUUUUUGAAGUUUUUUAACAGUAUAUUUACUGACGCUAAAAACUUGAGUACUGUAGAAAGUUCUAGAUUUCUCCAAAACUACAGUAAUAUAUUUUUUUUUCCAAAAAAAUUCUGAAAUUUUACAAAAUCUAGCUCCGCUGAUAAUUAUCAAUAGAGCGCGAAUUAAUCUUUUAAAAACUCUGAAAUUUCUGUCAAAUUUUCAAGCAUCUCAGUUUUCUUUCUCUAGUUUUCCAUCCAAAAUAUUCUGACCCUCUCUCUCAAAAGUUCCCAAGCCUAAUCGAUAUUUUAUUGCCUUUUCGUGUGUUUUUUUGUGUGUUAGUGUCCCAUUUGCAUUUGCCCACACAGACAAAGUUGAUUUUUCUCCAUUUCUUUUUCGGCUUAUUUACAUAAAGUGUAAAUUAAAAGGCUGACACUUCUUUUUUGCCUAACUUUUCUGUCGCCCUUUUGACCUUGUUGAAAUGAUGAUUUUUAUUAGGAUUCCCCCCAAUCUUCUCAUUUUUCAUCCACUGAGUUUUUUUUUUGUUGCAGAGAGCCGCCAUGAUUUCGACAAUGCCCUCCUCAAAUACGAAUAAUUUCGAAUCGGAUUAUUUGGAUGGAACUAUGGAAGCUUCAGGAGGGAAUUCAGCGAAUAUUGAUUGGAAUCAGGUUAGUUUUUUUUUGGGAGUUAGAAAUAAUACGAGACUCCGCGUUGACACCUUUGGUUUUUGAGCGGGAAAAUUCUGAAGAUUUAGCUUGGAAAAUGAAUUUUGAUAGUACGACACUACGGCUUUACGCUAGGAUUUUUAGCAUCAUUUUCUGGGUGGAGUGAUUGUUUUCAUACGAUACUCCGUAUUUACACCAUGGUUUUUGGCGCCAAAAUAGGUUCAAUUUCUCGUCGUAAAUAUAGAGUGCUGUUUGAAUAAGUUUUACUACGAUGCUCCACGUUUACACUGGAAUUUCUACCUGUAAACCUGGAGUAUCGUUUGAACCAAUACAUAUUUUGACACUAAAACACUCUUCAAGCAAAAAACUACGAUGCUCCGCGUUUACCGUGUUUAUAUAUUUUCUGCGUAAACGUAAACGCGGACUCUCGUUCUUACCUCCUUAUUAGUUUAGUGUCAACGCGAAGUCUUGUACCAAAUUUUCCUGGAUUAUAACUAAAAGGCAAAAUUAGGCUUCUGGGAAACACCCUCCUCAAAAAUAAAAAAAAAACAAUGUACUAAACCAGUUUUGAAUGUUUGUUAUAAUAAAAAACCAUAACAAAACUAACUGUCAUUGUUUUUUUUGUCUCCCUACAUCUUUUUAUCGUUUUUUAUUCUCGUUUUGAUCUCACUCAACUCAACUCAUGUUUCAUAAUAAUAAUAACAAACACACAUAAAUGUUCUCUUGUAUGUCAGUCAGCCGUUCGUGCUCAUUUUCAUCUUGCUCUCUUUUUUUCCUUUUUUCCUGCGCACACACAUAAGAGCACUGUACUUUUGUGUGUGUGUAGGUAAACAUUUAACAAAUUUGCUGAAGUCAAUAAGAAGGAGUCGAUUUACCUCAUUCUUUUUAUUUUCCAUUUCUUUUUAUUUUCUCAAUGUUUCUUCCUCAUUUUGACCCGACCCGGUUUCUUUUUGGUGUUUAAUGGACCAGAAAUUUGGGAGAUUUACUGUGGAAUGGGAUUUUGAGGGAUUUAGAGCAAUAUUAUCGGCCUGGAUUUUUGAAUCUGCAUUAUACGGGGUUUUUGAAACGUAUUUUGCACCCCCGGCAAAUGAUGCUCCGAGUUUACAGCUAAAAAUUUUCCCAAGUGGAUUUUUGGCGCCAAAAUGUAUUCCUAGCCCAAAAAUGUAUCAAAUGAGAUUAGCUAUGAUUUUAAAAACAUUUAGACUACAGUAGGACAUUGUUCUGUGUCCCAGCGAAUUUCGAGGGAUUUCUGAAUUUUUAGGAUUGAAACUAGUUGAUGCGUAAUCGACCUGGAGCUUUGAAUUCAGAAAGAUACGGAAUUUUUGAAACCUAUUUUAUCGUGGUUAUUUUUGUUACAAUAACUUGACUGUAGAAAUUUUCCAAACGAUGCUCCGAGUUUACACCAUUCAAGUUUGCAACUGGACUUUUCGUCGAUUUUCUCUGGAGCUCGAACUUAACGGAAUUAUUCGAACCACAAAAUGUUCUAGAACACUGUAUUUCAAACGAUACUUUUUUCCGAAGUUUUUUUUUUCAAACGAUGCUCCGAGCUUACACCCACACAUCUCGCCCUCACCUAAAAAUGAUGUCUCUUUUCUUGUCCAUAAAUUGUUAUUGUCAAUAUUUAUCCGUUCCUUCCAUUUUCCUUCUUCCUUUUUUCUAUUCCCGGCCGAUAAAAUUGCCCUAAAUUGAUCAUAAUCUUCAUCUUCUUCUUCUUCUUCUUCUUCUUUUUCUACUUUAUUUUAUUUUUCUCCCUAAUCCUCAUGGAUUUUUCUUGAUUUUUCUCCAAUUUUUCUAUCAAAAAACCCGAUAUUCUAGCUAAAAGUAUUAGUUAAUGGGUAAUGUAAUCAAAAGAAACUUGUAUUUGGCUGAUACUUGAUUUUCCUUAUUUUUCCAUGAGAAUUUUUGGUUCAGAGACUUAUCGUAAAUAUCGAAUUAGUUGGUCAUAAAAUUGGAAUUUUCUCCAUUUUUUCUCCGAAUCCCCCUUAUUUUUUGGCCUGGCUGCCCAGAUAGUAAUAAUAAAAGGAGUUGUUUUAUCUCUGACCGAUCUCAUUUCUUUUUUUUUUUGAUCGAUAAAAUCUCACCUUGACGGUAGUUGAUAGAAGAAAAAAUCGAAGGAGUUUCAAAGAAACGAGAAGGAGAAGGAGGUUAAUCGGGUGCACAAAUAUUUAGUUGAUACCUCCUUCGGAAUUUUCUGCUGGGCUGUUUUUUGUUUCAGUUUUUUUCACCAAGGGAUUUUUUGGAGCGUGACUUGGGGAUUUUUCUGAUUUUCGAGAAAAACUUUUCGAAAUUUCACUAUUUCAAAAAAGUUUGUAUCGCUUUUUUUUGUAUUUAGCAUUUUUUUUGAGACCGAGAAUUUGUAAGCAUCUGAAAUUUUCACAACAAAAAAAAUCCAAAAUUUUACUGUUUCAAAAAAUUUUGAAUUAUUGCUCAAGUAGGUAUUUUUCUGAUUCAAAUAAUUUUCCAGAGUUAGUUUUGUUUCGAGAAUAAUUUUUUUCAACUUUCGUUUUUUUCCACCAGGAUUCCCCGUGAUUUUUAAUUUUUUUUUGGAAAUUCUGAAAAUUUCACUGUUUCAAAUUUACUGUUAGAAUUUUGAUUCUGAACAAUAUAUUUUUAUUGAUACAAAAAAAUAUCAUAAAUUUACUGUUUCAAAAAAUAUUGUAAAUUUUUAUUUGAAUUUGGUAUCUAAUAUAUAUAGAGUUGGUUUUGGCUUUAAGUAGAGUCUGAGUUUUUCAAAGAAGUUAGUACCCCAGAAUUUUCUGGAAUUCUAUUUUUAAGAGAAUUGUUCAUGAUUUUUUAGUUGUUGAAAAGUUUACUGUUUCAAAAAAUGUGGAUAUUUUUUUGUCUUGAAAAGUUUGACAAUUUUGUUUUCAAAAACAUGUUGAUUUUCAGCUUUUAAAAUUCUGAAAAUUAAUUUCAAGUGUUGCCCAAAUUAUUCUGGAAGUUCUUAUCCUGAAAAUCAUUUUUUUUUUCAAAAUUUCACUGUUUCAAAAUUAUCAUGAAACUUUUGAUCCAGAGAAAAUAUUCUAUAAAUCGUAACUAAAAGCUCCAAAAAUUUCACUGUUUCAAGAAUUAUUUUUAUUGAAAUAAUCGCAUUUUUUUUCAGUUUCAUUACGAAAUUGAUCUUUAAAAAUUCACUGUUUCAAAAAUACUUGAAUAAAAUUUUGUUCUAAUUUGCAACGCUUCGGUCUGGAGUUUGUAUCUAAAAUAAUUUUAUGAAACUUAGUUUUCUGAAAAUCCUACAGUAAUCUAAUCUGUCUGAAAAUAUAUCAUGUUACACCUAAUAAAUCCAUAUUGUAUGUUGCCGCUGCUGAAAAUUUAUUAUAUUACAAUAAAUAUCGGUUUUUUCCUCUUCCUCCUAUCCUCCUAAUUUAUCUUUAUCUAACAGUUCAGCCAGCGAUUAAAUACGAAAAAAGAAGAAGAAACAAAUGGGUGCGCGCGGAAUGAUUGAACCUGUUUUUUUUUCUUCAUCGUCUUCUCUUUUUUUCGGCCUUUCUGUUCUGUUUCUGCCAUUUGCCGCAAAAUUGACUGAUAGCCUUCUUUUUUUGACUUAGCCUAAGUUGGUUUAUUGAUUGAUUUUGAAUAGUUUUGAAUAUUCAAAUAUUGUUUGGCUGGUUAUUGUUUUAUAUUAUAAUGUCGUCUUUUCGGCCCGCCACCACAAUACAAACUAAUCCUCUUUUUUAUGCCUUUUUGACUGACUGACUACCACCCCCCGGGAGAAAGAACUUAUUAUAACUACACUUUUUUUUGUUGGUUUUGACUAACUGUUUUUGGACUAUUUGGGUGGGGAAGAAAUUGAGAAAAUGUGCUCUAAUGAGAAUUUUCGAGGCUUGAUCUGCAGUAUAUUUUCUGGUAGAUCAAAUUAGUUUUUGUAUAACUUUUGGCUACAGUAGUCUUUAGAAUUUUUUUGUUGGUGUAUCAUUCAUUGUUCUGGUAAAUUUAGACCUACAGUACUCUUUGAGAAGCUACAGUAUUUUUUGGGUUUUUCCUGGUAGAUCAAAAAUUUGAUCUUCUGAUAUAUCUGGAUCUACAGUACUCUCUAGAUCUAUGAGCUACAGUAAUUCUAUUCAUCUCCAUGCCUACAGUAUUUUGCUGGUCAGCUAAUUUUGAUCUACAGUAAUUUUUGGUUUUUUUUUUCUAGUGGAUCACAAAUUUGGCGCUAAAAAUUCUUGACCUACAGUACUCUCUGAAUUUUCAAAGAUUUUUGUAUUAUUCCACAGUAAUUCCAGAGUUUUUGAGCUACAGUAACCUAGUUGUUUCAAAGUCUACAGUAUUCUUUAGAUUUAAAAAAUCCUAAAUUUCUAAAAUAAAGAAUUCCCUUUGUUGCUAACUCUACAGUACCUUAUGAUAUCUACAGUAACCGGGUCCCUUCUUAUUUAUCCUUUUUUGUCUGAUUCUCCACCAAAAAUGUGAUUAUUCUUUAUCCUAAUCCACCUCAUCUACUGUAUUUUCCCAUUGUGUGCUUUUUUUGUUUUAUAGCAUUCAUCUUCUUCCUCUUCUUCUACUUCUUCAAAUCAAUCAAUUAUUCCACAUCACCUCAACCAUCUCAAUAAUCUCCAUAAUUUAUCAUCUAAUAUUCAAUUGCAAUCCAAUUCUUCACCAACAUCUUCAACACCUUCGACACCAAAAUUUGUUGUUGAUAUGACUGCUUCGGAACAUUUAACAACACCUAACGGUAACUACUCUUUUUUUUUCGGUCCUCUUAAAAUUGCAUGUGAUAAACUAACUGUUUUUUGGGAAAUUUGGGGGAAAAUUUUACUGUUUCGCGAAAAGUUUUGAAGAAAUUUUGAAAUCUAAAAUUUUAUUCAUAAUGAAAAAUUUCACCACAAAAUUUACUGUUUCAAAGAAUUUUUAGUUGGAAUUUUUUUUGACAUGGGACUGAUCUUUUUAUUUUGUGAUCAGAUAUAAUUUAAAGUUUUUUUGAUUAAAAAUAUUUUCUGUUUCAAAAAAAUUGUUUAGUUGGAAUUUUUUAAUAUGGAACUUUGAUUUUUUCUUCAAUACUCAUGAUAUAAUUUUUCAACAAAAUUCACUGUUUCAAAAAAGUUUAAUUGAAUUUCUGAAAUUUGAUUCAAAGUGGAUUUGUCUGUACGAGAUUGACGAAAAUUGUUUAAUUUUUCACGCAAUAUUUUGUGGUAAAAAUUUAUUGUUUCAUAGAAUUUUUAUUAUGAGAAAUUGAUUGGUUAUUUAUCAAUUUUUAGGAAAAAAUAUUUGAAAAAUUUCGGAUUUUCACUCAAAAUUUUGUCCCAAAAAAUUUACUGUUUCAAAAUGUUUUUAUUGAAUUUUUGAACACUAGGAAUGUGUUUGAAUGGUUUUUUCUACGAAAAAAUAAUCUACUGUUUCAAAACAUCCCUGUUAAUUUUUAUCACCUUCUAUCAUUUUUUCCCUUCUUCUCCGAAAAAACCCCAAACCGAUUUUCGUCUGCGUCUCUGAAUCUCUUCUUCUUUUUUUUCAAGUGGAAGGAAGAAUGGGAUAUUCUUCCUGUCACUCGGAAAUAGUAUAGGAAAUUGAAGAGACGGGUCAGACAAUUCUCCCGCGGGCUCAUUGGAGGAGCAAAAAAUAGUGUAAAAAGAGAAGAAGAGAGGGGAAAAAAUCGAAGAAAACGGAUAGGAUAGAUAGAAAGAUAUUAUAUAUAUAUUUUAUUCUUUCUACCUUUCGAAAUACUUUUUUUUGUCUUGUUAGAAAGAGGAAAUUCUAUAUUCUUACUGUAUUUUUGUUAUUAUUAUUAAAUGGAUAGUGUGAAUAGUAAUGGAAAUAAUGAUAUGGUUAUUGAGAAUGAGGAGAUUGGUGGUACGGUAGAGAAUUUGAAUUUGGAAACACCGCAAGGAAUUGUGGUGCAAGGUGAGAUUUAGGGAUUUUUUUUGAAACAGUGGAUUUAUUGGGAGAGACAUUGAUUUUAAUGAAUUAAAGUUUUGGAACAGUGAAUUUUUGUAACCUAAAAUUGUUUUUAAAAAUAUCCUUUGUAGCUGAAAUAGCUGAAUCACUUUCUUUGAAUUUUUGAUUUUUCAAAUGUAAAUUUCGAAACAGUAAAUUUUUUAUUUACUGUUUCGGAUUUAUUAUUAAAUUCUAUGGAUUUAUUAUUAAAUUCUAAAAAGUGUAUUUUUAUUAAUGAAAUUUGGAACAGUGAGAUUUUUCCCGAAAAAAAUUAGACAUUUUUUGGAACGAUCAUCAGUUUUUCCUGAACUUUAAAAUUUUAUGGGAGUUUUGAAACAGUGAGAUAAAAAUUUUAUUUGAAAACCGUUUGUAUUUUAGAUUGAUUUUCUCCAAUUUUAUUUUUUUUUAACGUAAAUUUUGAAACAGUAAAAUUUUCAAAUAUCAAUUUUGUAGAGAAAAAUUUUAACUCUAACCCAUUCUGAUCAAAAUUUGAAAAAUUAAAAUUAUUAACAAAAAAUUAAAUUUCGGUGAUUCCUACAAAUGUUUCUAUUGAAUCCCAAACAAAUUCUAACAUUUUCGGAAAUUUUUGAAACAGUGAAUUUUGUAAAAAUUAUUUCUCAAAAAAUAUCCAAAAAAUUUCGCAAUUCAUUGAAACAGUGAACUUUUUUUUUGACAUUUUGCUGCAAAAAAUCAGGUCUUCAAAUAUUUACACAUCGAGUUUUGUGUUGUGUUUUAUUAAUAUAAAUAUAUUCCUCUUGUUUUGCCUUCUUUUGUGUUGCAAAAAUAAGAAAGUGUAUGUAAAUAGAUGAAACAUGAUUUCCAAAAAAUCCCCACAAAAAUCAAAAAUCGAUAUUUUUCAGGCACAAGUAUUGCACAAGUCGUUGGUUCACAUCCACAAUACACAGUUGAAUAUUUAUCGCAUUUAUUGAAGGAUAAAAAACAAUUGGCCGCAUUUCCAAAUGUUUUUCAUCAUUUGGAGCGAUUAGUUGAUGAAGGUGGGGAAAUUCUGACAAUUUCCAGCUUUAAUUAAAAAAAAAUAUUGUUUCCAGAGAUUAGCAAAGUUCGCGUAGCACUAUUUCAAUUUGAAUUUUCGAAAGAUAAUGUUGCGUUGCCGGAUGCGGAAGGAGAGAUUACGGUGCAUACGGAAAAAGUAUAUGUGCCAGCGAAGGAACAUCCGGAUGUGAGUUUUUUUUGAAUGGGGGGGGGUUGAAAAUUUGAAACAGUGGAAGAAUGUUCUAGACAAAUUCACUGUUUCAAAUUUUUUGUAAAUAAAAUACGAGGCAUGGGAGUUUUAUUAAUGUGAGAAAAAAGCAAAAAAUUUCACUGUUUCAAAAAUUUCAUAAAAAAAUUAGGAGACAUUGGAAUUUUGAUCCGAUUUUUGAUAAGCUCCCAAAUUUUCGAUUUUUGAAAAUCAGUCAGAAAAUGUCACUGUUUCAGAAAAUUUAUUUGAAAUGAGGAAAAAUUAGAAUUUUGAUUUUUUUAUUUAUCAACAACAUAUUCAUAAAAUGUGAAUUUUUGGACUAAAAAUUGUAAGAAAAAUUCACUGUUUCAAACAAUUAAGUUAGAAAUUGAUCCUUGAAUUUUUUAUUAUUGUAAACAAUAUUCUAAUUCAAAAAAUUUUUUACUUUACUGUUUCAAAUAAUUCAUUAAAAAAUUAUCCAAUAAUAUAAUUUUAUUCACAUAGGCCCUUUUUAUCAGUAAAACAUGAAAUGAAAAUCUUUAAAAAAAAUUAAAUUUUUUCCCGUGAUAAAAAAUUUCAGCUUUAAAAACUUCUACUGUUUCAGAAAAAAAUAUCCAAAAAUAAAGUUUCGAUUUCAAUUUUGCGUUUAAAAUUUCACUGUUUCAAAAAUGUCAAUAAAAUCAUAAAACAUUGGAAAUUUAUUAUUCACAUUAUGCGCCAGAAAACAAUUUGAAAGAAUUUUUGAUUUAGAUUUUGAGAUUUUCACUGUUUCAAAAAUAUCUUAAAGAAAUUAUUCAACAUGAGAGUUUUGAUUCUUGUUCUUUCGAAAAUUAAUUUUUCUUCCCCAAAAAAACCCAACUAAUUUUUUCAGUACAAUUUCGUUGGUCGAAUAUUGGGUCCACGUGGAAUGACAGCCAAACAAUUGGAACAAGAAACGGGUUGCAAAAUAAUGGUCAGAGGACGCGGUUCAAUGCGAGACAAGAAAAAAGAGGAAAUGAAUCGAGGAAAACCAAAUUGGGAACAUUUAUCCGAAGAAUUGCACGUAUUAAUACAAUGUGAAGACACUGAAAAUCGAGCAAAAGUGAAAUUGAUGAGAGCUGUCGAAGAAGUGAGAAAACUAUUGGUUCCCGCGCCAGAAGGAGAAGAUGAAUUGAAAAGAAAACAAUUGAUGGAAUUGGCGAUCAUCAAUGGAACAUAUCGAAGUGGAGCUGAACAAUCGGCAUUGGCUGCGGCACAUUUGGCAGCGGUUAAACAACAACAACCAUUGGCUGCUGCUAUACGUUAGUUUUUUGGGGGAUAUUUUCGAAGUUGGAUCAUUAGUUUUAGAAAAUUAUAAAAGAUUUCAUGGAAAUUUUGAAACAGUGGAUUUUUUGGGAUUGAAAAAAUUUUUUUCGAGAAGUAUUUCUAUCAUUCAAAGGGCGUUCUAUUGGUUUUUCCUUAGCUAUGAAGAUUUCAUGGAAUUUUUGAAACAGUGAAUUUUUUAGAAUACAAUUUUUCUGAACCAUAUUGAAAAUUUAUUGAAAAUUUCCAAAUUACUAAAAUUCAUGUGUGAAUUUUGAAACAGUGGAUUACUAAUGUAAAAAAAAUCAUGAUUUUUAAAAUAUUUUAAAUUUUUAUUAAUGUCAAACUUUCUUAAUGAAUAGUUAUACAAAAACUGAAACAGUGAACAAUAUUUUUGGUAGAAGUCUUUUGAAGCUAGAUGUUUAGUAACUCCUUUCAAAAUAUUAAUUGAACUAAAAAAUAAUACUAAUAUUUGAAACAGUUAAUUUUUCUAAAGGUAUUUCAGACAUUCGGACGACUGAGCAUUAGUUUUUCUUUAGCUAUGAAGAUUUCAUGGAAUUUUUGAAACAGUGAAUUUUUUAGAAUACAAUUUUUCUGAACCAUAUUGAAAAUUUAUUGAAAAUUUCCAAAUUACUAAAAUUCAUGUGUGAAUUUUGAAACAGUAGAUUAUUGAUGUAAAAAAAAUUAUGAUUUUUGAAAUAUUUCGAAUCGACAUCAUCAAAAUGAAUAUUUGAUAAAAAUUAAGAUAAAAACUGAAACAGUGAAUUUUUAAGAAAUCAUUUUAUUGUAGCCACUUUCGAAAUGUGAUCAAAAUAUUAAUUGCACUAAAAAAUAAUACUAAAAUUUGAAACAGUUAAUUUUUCUAGAAAUAUUUCAUCGAUUCAUAUUUCAGACUGCAGAUUAGUUUUUCCUUAGCUAUGAAGAUUUUUGUAAUAUACAAUUUUGUUAAAUUUUUCGUAAUCAUGCUAUAAUCAAAUUGAAAAUUUGCAAAAACUGAAAUUCAUGUGUGAAUUUUGAAACAGUGGAUUAUUGAUGUAAAAAAAUUAUGAUUUUUGAAAUAAUUCAAAUUGACAUCAUCAAAAUGAAUAUUUGAAAAAUUAAGAUAAAAACUGAAACAGUGAAUUUUUAAGAAAUCAUUUUAUUGUAGCCACUUUCGAAAUUUGAUCAAAAUAUUAAUUGCACUAAAAAAUAAUACUAAAAUUUGAAACAGUUAAUUUUUCUAGAAGUGUUUCAUCGAUUCAGACGAAUGGAUAUUGGUUUUUCUUUAGCUAUGAAGAUUUCAUGGAAUUUUUGAAACAGUGAAUUUUUUAGAAUACAAUUUUGUUAAUUUUUUUAAAACCAUAUAUUGACAUAUUAUUAAAAAUUUCCAAAAACUAAAAUUCAUGUAUGAAUUUUGAAACAGUGAAUUAUUAAUGUAAAAAAAUUAAGAUUUUUGAAAUAAUUCAAAUUGACAUCAUCAAAAUGAAUAUUUGAUAAAAAUUAAGAUAAAAACUGAAACAGUGAAUUUUUGAGAAACAAUAUUUUUAGUAACUCCUUUCAAAAUAUUAAUUGAACUAAAAAAUAAUACUAAAAUUUCUUUUUUUUCAGAAGCUGCUCUUGUUCAACAACAACAAGCUCGUGCCGCCGGAAUGCUUCCAAUGAUUGCCCGUUCACCAACAAUGGCUGUAUGCGGAGCACCAAUUGUAAUGAGCCCCGGUGGCCGAAACGCGACAAAUUGUCAAAAUGGAAAUGGGCAAUCGGCUGCGGCCGCCGCGGCUGCCACGUCACAAGCCGCAUUAUUAAUGCAGCAACAAUCACAAUUACACGCGAGUGCUGCUGGAACUGCCGCGUUGGCAUCUGCACAACAAGCUGCACUAUUACAGCAACAACAAGCUGCUGAAUAUCAACAAUUAUUGUUGAAGUGAGUCGAGAUUUUUCUGUACAAAAAUCAUAUUUUUAUCCGGAAAAUCCUAUAAAUUUUUCUGGGAAACAUGAAUUCUUGAUAAUAAAUAAAAACAGUUGUUUUGCCAACAACUGGUCUCAUUAAUUCCCUACAACACAAAAAAAUCUUCUUCCGGGGGGAUUUUUCACUGUUUCAAAAAUGAAUGAGGGGGAAUUUUUUGGAAUUGAAAACAGUUAUGAUUGUGUAUAUUAAAAAAAUUAGAUAAAAAUCGGGUUUUUUACAAGAAAUUUGAAUUUCUGAACCUAAUUUUGGUCCGAAAAUUUUUCACUGUUUCAAGAAAAUUUAAACGCAAAUAAAUUGUUGGACAAAAUUUUGUCCGGAAAUUUAAAGUUUUGAUGAAACAGUGGAUUUUUAUGCUCCAAUAAACCUGACAUUCUUUAAACCAAAAAUAUCCGGGAUUUUUUACGUUUCGAAAGAAAUUUAUUGAAUUCGAUUAUUGAAAAUCCUUCAUUGCUUAUGCAAAACUUGGAAUAAUUAUAGUUGUUUACUGAAAUGAGUGAUUAAUUUUCGGAUUUUUUUCUCUUCAAAUAUUUGUAUUUCUUGAAACAGUGAAAAAAUAAUCAUUUUAAAAUUCUAAAUUUUUCAGCCAAGGUCUGUAUGAUCUAAACGCGGCAGCCGCAAUUCAACAACAAUACGCCGCAGCCGGAGCAGCUGCACAAUACGGUGGAAUAUUGGCUGCAUCCCAACAAUCGCAACAAGCGCAAGCUCAAGCACAAGCCGCUGCACAAUAUGCUGAAUAUGCUGGAGUUGAUGUAACUACACAAGCUGGUAUGUAUAAUAAUAAUAGACAAUGGGCUUGAAAUAUAUUUAUAGCAAAUUGAUUAUUUAUGUAUAUAUAUAUGCAUUUCAUGAUUAUCUUCUUCUCUUUUAAUUUAUUAUUUGAUCUCGAUUUUUCCCACGAAUUCUGUGAUUUUUCUUGAUUUUUAACACUGCUUUCAGGCCUAAAAUGCAUGGGGAAAUUAGGAAAUAGAAAGAAACGUUGUCUAAUUAAUUAAUUAAUUAAAUUAUUAAUCGAUAUAUGUUCAGGUGCAAUGCUUAACAAUCGUCGUCUUUUGGGUGCUUCGCGUGAACAUCCAUACAAACAAUAA